ACAUCAAUCACUUCUGUGCUCACUCACUCAGUUGUGUGUGUAUACACACACACAGCGUGGCAUCUUUCACCCACUUGCCUGUUCAUUCCACUGGAAUGGUCAUAGAUAUCUCUGUGCUGUUUACGUCCACCCGCUGGAUCAACUGUUCAACUACUCAAUUUAAGCAAAUUAAGCUCAGGACACAGACAAUCAUGAGCAGCACUCUGGGACAGUUUACUAAAGGAGCUUCCUGGGAGGAACUCAUUCAGGCGAGCAUCCAGUCAUUCGAUGAUGAUGGUAAUAUUUGCCACAGCAACCAUCUUUUGAACAUCACCCUCACCAUGCACAGAUUACUACUGUCCUCCAAAGAGCUGCUGGACAAGCUGAUUAUCCUCUUUAAAAAUACACUGGAGGAUGAAAAGUCUGCAGCGUGCCUGAAAAUAUGCUAUUUCAUUCGGUAUUGGAUCAGUGAGUUCUGGACCAUGUUCCAGUUGCACAGCUGUCUGGCAGAAACUUUGGAGCAAUUUAAGCAGCUUAUGAUGGAACAUGGACAGGAGAAUCUCUGCCAUUUACUGCAAACCAAAUGGAUGGGAGACAGAGUGUGGUCUCACAAAGCCAGUCAGAAAAUCAAGGUAAGGAGCAGCAGGAAGAGGAAAGUGUCUUUGCUCUUUGAUCAUUUGGAGCCAGUUGAGUUAGCUGAACAUCUCACCUACUUGGAGUUCAAAUCUUUCUGCAGGAUAUCUUUUGCAGAUUACCAGAAAUAUAUCCGAAAUGAGUGUCUGUCAGAGAACCCCAUGAUGGAGCGUUCCAUUGCACUGUGUAAUGGUAUCUCCCAGUGGGUACAGCUCAUGGUGCUCAGCCGACCGACCCCUCAGCUCCGAGCCGAGGUUUUCACCAAGUUCAUCUAUGUAGCACAGAACCUCCAGCAGAUGCAGAACUUUAACUCUCUCAUGGCUGUGGUGGGAGGCCUCUGUCACACGUCUAUUUCCCGACUGAAAGACACAUGUACACAUGUGCCAAAUGAAACUACCAAGGUUCUGAAUGAAAUGACUGAUCUGCUCUCGUCAUCUCGAAACUACGAGAAUUACAGACAAGCAUACAGCAAAUCCACAGGUUUCAAGAUUCCUAUCUUGGGGGUCCAUCUGAAAGACUUGAUCGCUGUGAACGAGGCUAUGGCUGACUAUGUGGACAAUGGCAAGAUCAAUGUGCAGAAACUUCAGGCCCUCUACAACCACAUCAACGAACUCAUCCAACUACAGCAGAAUCCACCACUUCUAGAUGCAAAUAAAGACCUCGUGCACUUACUGACCCUGUCUCUUGACUUGUACUACACUGAGGAUGAAAUCUAUGAGCUGUCCUACGCGAGAGAGCCGAAGAGCCACAGAGCACCUCCAGCAACUCCUUACAGGCCCCCCGUGGUGGUAGACUGGGCUUCAGGUGUUGCUCCCAAGCCAGAUCCCAAAACCAUCAGCAAACACGUCCAGAGAAUGGUUGAUUCUGUGUUUAUGAAUUAUGACCACGAUGAAAGGGGCUUCAUCACCCAGGAAGACUUUGAGAAAAUUGCUGCGAGCUUUCCCUUUUCUUUCUGUGUUACAGACAAGGACAAAGAUGGACUUAUCAGCAGAGACGAGAUCAUGGCGUAUUUCAUGCGGGCCAGUGUCAUCUGUUCCAAACUUGGUCUAGGUUUCUCUCACAACUUCCAAGAAACCACAUACAUGAGGCCUACCUUCUGUGACAACUGCUCUGGAUUUUUGUGGGGUGUCAUUAAACAAGGCUACAGAUGCAGAGACUGUGGAAUGAACUGCCAUAAAUCCUGCAAGGAUCAGGUUGCAUUUGAGUGUAAAAAGAAUGCCAAACCAAGCAGCAGCACAGACUGGAGUCCAACUUCGAAUACACCAGACACCUCAACAUGUGGGCAUGAUGGGUCAGAUGAAACUCGGUUCAUAUAUCCACCCGAUGUCCUAACAGACAACUCUGAGUGCCAGAAACAGUUCAGCCAGAGUACAGCACCAAGAACCAUAAUGGUGCACAGAAGUACUCAGACAGAAGGAACAUCAGCCAGUCAUGUGCAGUCAUCUCUGCUGUGUCCAAGUGGUCCAAUCCUCACACCAUGCAGGAGCCCUGUUCCUCAGCGCAAACGAGUCUGUGCCAACAAGACUCCCAACACACUCAACCUUGCCGAGGAGAACAAGCCCACCUACAGAGAAGCUCUGGAGAAGGAGAAUCAGUAUCUACAGAAAAGCAACGAGAGCCUCCAGAAAAAGCUAAAAGAAGCCGAACGUGAAGUGACCAUCCUAAAAACGCUCUUGAAACGGCAUGCUCUCCGUCCGGUGGAGGAGGAUUCCUCUUCAUCCUCUUGA